CCUAGCGUGUUUGAGCGUGGACGACCAGACACUGCCCUGCGACCACACUUUGCGUUUCCGCACAGCUACAGGGUGGUGCAAUAAUCUUAACUUCCCGUCCUUCGGCAAGUCGUUCAGGGCAAAAAGUCGACUCCUACGUCCUUCUUAUGAGGACGGUCUGUCUAAACCUCGCGUCACUUCAGUCACCGGCAAGCCUCUCCCUUCCCCUCGGCUCAUUUCCACCAACAUGCACAACGACGUGUCUGCACCGCAUGUCCGCUAUACCCUAAUGGUCAUGCAGUGGGGCCAGUUUAUUGACCAUGAUAUUAUUUUCACCCCCAUCAACAAAGGUUUCCAAGACUCGAUUCUGGAUUGCCGCAGAUGUGACUCUCCCCAGACAGUCCACCCUGAGUGUUUCCCCAUAGCCAUUCCUCAGAACGAUCCAUUUUUCCCUCCUGUCAAUAUAUCAUCUGGCCAGCCAUUCUGCAUCCCCCUGACCCGCUCCAUGCCAGGCCAGCUGACUCUAGAUUACGAUGCAUACUGCAACCCAACAGUGCUCAAUGAAUUUGGCAUAGCCUUCCGCUUUGGCCACUCUCUACUCAAGCCUUCCCUGGAGCGCAUGGACGGAAUAUUUGCCAAGUGCAACCCUCCUGUCAAGCUGAGCGAACACUUCUUCAACCCAGACCUACUCUACCAGCCUGGGAUGCUUGAUGAGAUCAUCCACGGCCUGACUACUGUGUCCAUGGAGACACUGGACCAGUUCUUGACAGAUGAGGUGACCAACCAUCUCUUUGAAGACAAGCGGCAGCCAUUCUCUGGCCUGGACCUGGCUGCCCUCAACAUCCAGCGAGGCAGAGACCAUGGACUGCAGCCUUACAAUGAGUACAGGGCCCUCUGUAACCUGACCAGGGCGAGGUCGUUUGAUGACCUGCACAGGGAGAUAGCGAGGCCGGUGAUCGAGCGAAUGAAACGGACGUACGCACACGUGGAUGACAUAGAUCUGUUCACUGGUGGAUUGAUUGAGACGCCGCUGCACGGUGGACUGGUCGGUCCCACGUUCGGCUGCAUCCUUGGCAUUCAGUUCAGGAACCUCCGCUGCUGUGACCGGUUCUGGUAUGAGAAUGCUGACCCACUUGUGCGCUUCACCGACCCUCAGCUCACUGAAAUAAGAAAGGUGACACUGGCCAAGCUUCUGUGUGACAACUGUGACAAUGUGGAAAGUGAACAGCGGUCUGUCUUUGACCUUCCAGACCCCUUCCUGUAAGUACUGCUCCUGCACA